ACAUCUCUCGCUUCGCUGGAUCGCUGGCUGCCUCCCAGGGCAGCCGGGGAGCUGCUUCGUUAAAUCCCAACCCAGGUACUCGAGUUUCUGCACAAAGCGCUGCCUGCACCACCACGUCCCCGGUCUGCUGCAAGGUCUGUUCGCCUUGUGCGUGCAGAGUCUGCUUAAUAAAUUACUCCCACUGCCGGGGGCUCACCGGGGACGAUGGAAUUUGAACUCUCGAGACCAACCGCUAAGUGAAAAAACAGAAAUUGGACAGACGGGGCUGAGAUGGAUGAGGAGGAGACAAGUCAAAACGCCAGCAAAUUGCAAGGAGCCGGAGACCAGGCAUCUGCAACGUCUCUAUCAAACCCGCUGAUGAGGGGAGGAACCUGAGCCAUUGAUGUAGACCAAACAUGGGGUUUUGAGGCAAUGAAUGCUGAAGCAGAUUUUGUUUCAGACUGGUCUCCUUUACAUGAUGCCUCUAUCCAUGGGCGUCUGCUUACUCUGAAGAAACUCAUCAAACAGGGGAGUGAUGUGAAUCUUGUUACAGCAGACCAGGUGUCUCCUCUCCAUGAAGCCUGCCUGGGGGGUCAUGCCGCUUGUGCCAGUGUCCUAUUAAAACAUGGAGCUCAGGUGAAUGGAGUUACUGUUGACUGGCACACUCCCUUGUUCAGUGCUUGUGUCAGUGGCAGCGUGGCUUGCUUGAAUUUAUUGCUGCAGCAUGGAGCCAGCUUACACCCACCCUGUGACUUGGCAUCCCCCAUCCAUGAAGCUGCUAAAAGAGGUCAUGUGCAAUGUGUCGAAUUCCUUGCAUCCCAUGGGGUAAAUAUAGAUCACAACAUCAAGCAUCUGGGUACUCCGCUUUAUGUAGCUUGUGAGCAUCAGCAAGUGAACUGUGCCAAGAAGUUACUUGAGUCAGGAGCAAAUGUGAACAGAGGCAAGGGUCUGGACACUCCUCUGCACGCGGCUGCCAGGAAUUGCAGUGCGGAGCUGGUGACGCUGCUGAUUGACUUUGGAGCAGACAUUUGGGUGAAGAACGCCGAAAACAAGAGGCCGAUGGAGCUGGUGCCAGCCAGCAGCGCUGUGGGCCGACUCUUCCUGCAGAAAGAAGGGCCGCUGUCCUUGAUGCAGUUGUGCCGCCUGUGCAUCAGGAGGUGCUUUGGACACAAGCAGCAUCAAAAAAUAACCGGACUUCUCCUCCCGGAUGAGCUGAAACAUUUCCUUCUUCACGUUUAAGCCUUUCAUAUUUCAAAAUGGUGCCUUUAAUAGCGCAGCAAGAAACACAUCUUGCUGCCACAAACCAAAGUGUGGUUACAAACGCUCUGUGCUCUCCUGGGUGGUCCCCUGGGAAUAUCAGCUACCCGACACAUACAGCAACAAGGAUGCUGAAGCUCUGGCUCCUCUGCCUGCUGCCCUGUCCCCUCUCCAGCUCUGAACCAUGGCUCAUCUGCAUUACCUCGGAGCAGCAGCUGUCUCCCCUACAGGGCUACCACCAUGUCACCCCUGUGUCAGAGGG